AUGGGUGAAGACCGAGGUGACGGCUCGUCAGCUGGGCCUCCACCAUUCGGAGUCCUGCCCCAACAACCUGCUGCUCAGAAUCGACCACCUCAACCUCCACAAGUAUCUCACGACUCAUCGCGCAUGGCCGAUUGGGACUGGCGGGAAAUAAAUGAUGAAACGUUGUCACAAUUGUGUGUAUUUCAUGUGCCGGACAAGCCCGUUCAACAUCAGGAUGCGAAGAAUCGUGCGAUCACCUCGUUACCACUGAAUCUGACCAUUCGACCAUCCACUCAGGAUCCUUCGGUACCACAAAUUUUUCGUCUACUUUACAAAACGAGCGCCACGAUAAGCAAUUCGUUGAAAUUGUUCGAUGUGUACAUAGCGUUUCUAAAUCGAGUCAUCGAUGGGCUGAAAGUCUGUGCAUGUCCUUUUCAGCGUAUGGGUGUUUGGUCGGUCGAUUACAUUCCUCGUGGUGUACGAUUCGGACCUCUGCUUGGUGAGGUAAAGAUGAAUGGAGCCGAUUGCACGCCAGUUUGUCCGGCAGAAGCUUCCAGUGCUGGUGGAUUCCUCCGAGCGGACCCUCUACCCCGACUGCUCCCACCACUUCGCCAAAGGAAUGGAAGCAAACGAUCAGACAGGGUGCUUAUGAGGGUAACGAGGCUUACGACUAAAAAUACGAUUCAGGUGAUGUCACCGUCUGGUGGAAGGGCUCUGAAGACGAUUCUUGUCGAGGACGAUAGCCGCUGUAAUUGGAUGAAAUUCGUCAAUGUCGCCGUCUCGAACGAGACCCAGAAUUUGGUCGCCUGCCAGAUGGACAAGGACAUCUACUUCUACUCUAUUCGGUCAAUAAAGCCAAACAGUGAGCUGACCUUCUGGUUCAGCAAGGACUACGCUCAAAAGUUAAACUACCCGGUUUCAUGUGAAGCAGCCAGAAUGACACCAAAGCGCAACGCUCCUGCACCACCACAACAGCCAUGGGCGAUGGAAGAUCGAGCUUCACCUCAGGAAGCGUUGGACUACAGCAUGAAACGUGAUGCAAUUGAGAGCAGCCAUAGUGAAAAAGCCGAUCGUGGCGACACGUCUGACGUGGACGUAGGAGACGACGGUGAAUCCGAGAAGAGCAACUCGAAUAGCUGUUCUCCUCCAUCGUUGGCUGAGGUGCAAACUCGUCCAAAUGUCAUCCAGAAUCCGGUACAUCGUCCCGUGCCUACUCGCCUCGCGUCUCUUCCAGCACCGUCUCCAGUCCGGCCUAGCCCUCUCAAUCCGCUUUCCCUGUUCCAAGAUUACUUCAGAAGAACUCAGCAACUCAGCGGCGGAGGGCUAUGGGUGCCUCAGUCCACACCCGCCGCUGCAGCCACUGCCGCGACCGCUGCAGCCACGAGAAUCACAGCGUCUGGGAGGCCGAGCGACGCUCAACCGAUUCUCGCCGCCACUGCAGGCAGCGGAUUCGGCAAUUACAAUGGAAUUUACGGAACUCAUGAAGUGAAGCCUAUCUUUUCUGCUGCAACUCCGGCUUUUGGAGGUGGAAGUGUCUCGGCUCAUUUCGGUGGUGGAGGUGGAGGGGGAGGAUCCUCUUUUCCUGCUCCGCCGUUUCCAGCAUCAAGUACACCCAAUCACAAUGAAGGAUACGGUACCCCCAAGUAUAUCCAACAACAAGAAAAUGGCAAGACUCGCUACGCCUGUAAAGAGUGCCACAAGACAUUUGGGCAACUGUCAAAUUUGAAAGUGCACGUCAGGACCCACACGGGCGAACGUCCCUUUAAAUGUACCGUUUGUGGGAAGGAGUUCACCCAAUUGGCGCAUCUACAAAAACACAAUCUUGUACAUACAGGUGAACGUCCACAUCGUUGUGACAUUUGUGAUAAACGCUUUUCAUCAACGUCGAAUCUAAAGACGCAUUUGCGACUUCACAACGGACAGAAGCCGUAUGCUUGUGAUGUAUGCAGCGCUAAAUUCACUCAGUACGUCCAUCUUCGCCUCCACAAGCGGUUACAUGCCAAUGAGCGACCAUACGCCUGUAUGUCUUGUGGAAAGAAAUACAUCAGGUAUGGUCGUGCUGCGAGCACCACUUUCUUGUUCCGUGUAUGGACCUACUAUUGGAAGAAACUGACGGAACCAGUUGGACCAUCCAGUUGA